GCUGAUGUCAAAUGUCUUAGCAGAAGUUAUCAAGCAAUAUUAAGAGGUUACAAGUUUUGGUUUAAUCGGCUUUUUGAGUGUAUCUUAAUUUUGUUUGAAGUGUAUAUUGUUACGAAUAAGUUUGAUAAAUAUUUAAAGAAAAUGGCCAAGCCAGAUACAGAUUCUGAGGUAGAAAAAAAAGAUAAGAAGAAAGAAAAGGAGAAAUCAAAGGAACAUAAAAAACGUUCAGCAUCAGGUUCCAGUAGUAGUAGCCACAGCAGUUCUUCAGACAGCAGUUCGUCAAGUUCCAAAUCAUCUAGUAGCUCAAGCUCUGGUUCUAGCUCCCGUUCUAGUAGUUCUUCUUCAGAUUCAUCAUCAACUAGCAGCGAUCAUGAGCGAAGCAGACCUAAAAGAAGGUCAAGAUCUACCACAAAGCCUGCAGCAAAGGGUCGAGAUCACAAGGAGAAAGAGAAAGAUAAAGAAAAAGAUAGAAAAGAGGAAAAAGACAAAGAGAAGGUAGAACCUAAGAAAGAGGAGAAAGAAAAGGAAAAGAAAAUUUCUUCCCCUGUCAAAGAAAAAGAUGAUAGAAACCAUGCUAAAAAUAAAUCAAGGUCGAGAUCUCCAAGAAAACGUCGUCGUCGUUCUCCGACUCCUCGACCUACAAAGAUUCACAUUGGUCGUCUUACAAGAACAGUUAAUAAAGAUCAUAUUAUGGAAAUAUUUGGCACAUAUGGUACCAUCAAACAUGUUGAGUUUCCAAAGGACCUCACUCAUCCCCAUUUGGGUCGAAUGUUCUGUUAUGUUGAAUAUACUACUGCAGACGAAGCAGAGAAUGCAAUGAAGCACAUGGAUGGGGGACAAAUAGAUGGUCAAGAAAUAACUGCAGCACCUGUUCUUAUUCCUAAACCAAGACCUAUACCUCCAAGAAGAUCAUCUCCUCCAAUGCAUAUUAGAAGACACCCUCCCCACAGGAGGACUCCUCCAAGAUUUAGGAGAAGAUCUCCUCCAAGGCCCAUGAGAAGAAGUCCACCUAGACGAAGACCUCAUUCACGAAGUCCAGCACCAAGAAGAAGGAAGCAUUCUAGGUCGAGUUCUAGCAGUUCAAGAUAACUUUCUUCUUCAAUUUUUUUUGUAAUCAUUGGAAUAAUUAUAUAACAAUUUUAUAGAUUUGGAUUGGCAUUAAUAAAUGUAUGUAAAGCUUU